AACACACAGAAAAACUCUUUCACAGUUUUAUAAUUAUAUUAUCUUUCUUUUCGUUUGAAAUCUUUGUGAAAAAUGGCUAAUGUUGGAAACACUAGUGGGUCUACUCGUUUUGAAGAGGUGUGUCGUGAAAUGACGCAGCUAAAUGAUGAAAUUCAGAAGCUCAACGUGGAUGAUUUUGGUGCCAAUGAAGAAGCAAGGAAGAAGAUAACUGAUAUGACAACGAAGUUGAAAGAGCUCUAUGAGAAGAUGAAAGAAACUGUGAAGGAGAUGAAGGAAACCCCACAGUGAUAGGUUACUUUUACUUUUCCAGUGAAGCUCUCUCUUAUAGAUAAAUAAAUAAUUGAGAUGUUG